AUGGGUUUCACAGGCGCCGGUGUUUAUGAAAUCGUGCCCUACCAGGCCCCUAAAUUGAAUGCCAACUCCUGGGGAGGUGGCCUGAACGUUGGACAAGAUGUCAGAACUUACGAGAGGGGCAGCAGCCCUACAGACAAUGCGAAAUGGCAGUUGGCUCUUGUGGCAGGCUCUGGCGACGACGCAGAGUAUCUGAUCAUCAACGUGCUUACCGGAUACUUCAUCACCGCUACCGGCGAGUUCCCGUCUUAUACCCUGCAGUUUAUCUCCCCGACGGAUCCCACCGCCCGCUGGACUAUCAAGUCAAGCUCAGCUAAUGGAUACGAUGUAUAUACCAUUACGAGCAAGGUGUCUAGCCGCGGCCAGCUCACCGUGAAGGACUUCUCUACUCAGUCUGGCGCCGACAUCCUCUCUGCGACUAAGAAGGAUCAGGAUAACCAGAGAUGGUACUUCGAGCCACGCUAA